AUGUCGAGACUCUCGGGACCUCAAUCGACUGUCAAACAGGAACAUGUCAAUCCCAAUCAGGUACAAGAAACAGGCCAGCAACCAUCGUUGGAUCCUUUUUAUACUGAUUUAUUGAACCAAUCAUUUGAAUCCAAUACCUCUGCCAUAGAAUAUUGCCGGGCGCUUUGUGCUCAAUAUGGUUUUACUGUCAAACAAGAGCAGAGUACACAACGGAAUAUCUAUGUAUACUGUUCAAGAGAAGGUUUACCCGACUCUCUUCGUUUCCCAAAAUCCAAUCCCAAACGCAAACGUCCUUCAAAACGCUGCGACUGCCGCUGGCGUGUGGUCCUCUACGAAAAUGACGGACGUUGGGAAUUCCGCAAAUCUCAGAAUCCAGAUGCAUGCAAACACAACCAUGAACUGAUGCGACCAGAGGAAAUUGAGACGCCUUGGCCAAAGGAUGUCAAUAACCUUAUAUACGAACUGGCAAGGCAACGUUUACCGACGCAAGAAAUACGAUCGCGUGUUCAAGCCACUUAUUCCACCCUUCAGUGGAACGAACGUCGUUUUUAUAAUCGUUUAUCCGAAGAACGUCAAAAAAUUCGAUACCGCGAAACGGCUCAACGCGCGAAAACCUUUACGGCGUUGUGGACAAAGAUAUGCAUGGUGACAGCAGGAAGUGAGGAAUUGACGAGUUAUGCCGAAACGGAAGCCAUGCAGCUAUUACACACGGUGUGCGAAAUGGCGCAAGUCGACCCGCAGACCUUAGAUACACCUGCAUGCUUUAUCACGGACGAUGCUGGAACCGGUCAGUCACCUUCAUCGGAUGAUACUUCCAUGCGCUCUCAGCCGCAUCAACACCCAAUCUCCACUUCAGUAGCCGAUAUCGGUCGAUCGUCCAAUACUAUGGAUGAAUUUUCGGAAACUCAAAGCAUACAACGGCAGCAACGACGCAUGAGUCAGACCGCAACCAAUGAUGAGAGUUACUCUACCGCUUUUUUCUCCCAGAAUGCCGAGGAAGGACCAUCCACGAGUCAGCCAUCCAUCAAAGGAGGAAAACAAUCCGAGGCACCCAAGGGAUAUAUGACCAUUGUCAUUCCGCAGCAUGCAUAUUUUGUCAAAGUUCAUAAUCAGCGGACACUGAGCGAAAUGCAACAUUUAAAGAAUCGCCGGCGAUCGAGAUCGCUGCAGGUCGCGGAUGACGGUAACACCAUCAUGACAGAAGCAGUUGCUUCAACCGGUCAACAACUGAAGAAGAGGAAAUCAUCCAGUCUUUUGUCCAUGGAAGCGCACGUUGGUCCUUCAUCAUCCUCCAUGAUUCAGUCGCCUAUGCCAUCACGACCUUUGUCAACACCUAUACUGAGCAAACCUUCCAUGGGACCUGCCAUGAAUGUCAUGUCAUCCGUCCCUCCCCAUUUAAGACCCGUUUCUCUCCCGAAUGCACCGCAUCAUGACCAAUCCAAUUUCAUGUGUUAUAAUACCGACAGUAUGAACCUAGACAGUUCAUUAUCGCAUUAUGUACAACACCAACCCCAACAUUAUCAUGCCUACCGAAUGGUAGCCCAGCAACACACGGAUCUGAGUAGAGGAGACAGAGGAUUUGCGGGUCAAGGCAUGUCUCUUCGUAUGGAUACAGCAGUUACAUCGAAUAUGAUGAUGCGUCAUACCACUAUGGAUGAUAUGCAUUGUCCUCCUUCCAUGCAGCCGUCAGCUGUUAUGAGUAUGCAAUCAUCUCCCUCUAUCGCCCACCACCGGCGAGCUUCAUCGGCUGUCAUCAGACAACCUUCCAUUACGUCUCAAAUGGCUGCAACGACGCUUCACUCGGCUGGAACGGACCAUUUCCAGUCCUCCUUUCAGCAACAAUCACCCACACGACCGUCGGGUCAUGCUCCACCGCCUUCAGGAUCUUCAUCAGCGCAUUCAGCCGAUGCCUCGUUAUCAAUAUCCACGGGGACCCCGAUUCCCAAUUCGGGACCAUCCCAACCGUCUCCAAGUCAACGUCACUCUUCACAGCACGGAUUCUACGCAAAUACCCUGUUUGGGACCGAUCCAGAACAACAAAACACCGGGGAUAAAAUGAUGGUGGUUUCUUCUCCGAGUAUGUAUCAACAAAAGUUUGCAAUGGCCGACGCCAACGCCAAUAUUCCACCUCCUCAUAUGACCUCCACAGCGCACCAUCCCACUGCGCCUUCAUUUUCUACGAAUCCGGCCAUGGUGCGGCAGCAGCAAUACAUGAUGGAAUCGCAACAGCAAGCGCCACCAGCCGAUCCUUUCCCAGCUUUCCCAUCCAAUGCGAAUCCACUUGCUUACUCGCCCUCACCGUCUGCACAGUUGCCUACAGGACAAUCAUCAAGUAAUGUUACCAUGUCAAGCGACAUGCUACAGUAUGGCAUGCCUACAGCCGAGGCAGUAAGACAGCAACGACAACAGUUGUAUCGGCGAGCGAGCGAAGGGCAUCAUCGGUGGUAA